AAGCAUCUUAUCCGCUCUGCGAUUGCCAUUUUGUCUGGGCCUAAUUAACGUUAGAAACCACACAGGCCCGACGAUCAUCAGUUCAAUUGACCCGAAGAUUUGGCCCAUGGGAACGAGAUGCGAAUGCUGACCCUAUACACCCUACAGAGCACCAACUGACGACGGUCAUGCCGCUGACGACACAUGCUGGCAUGUAUGACAUGGCUUGGGGCACUCAAUCUGCCGCGUCAAAGUUCUAGCGUGCAGAUCUCCCCACCCCAAAUGAAAGAGAGAGAUAGAGAGAAAGCCACUCAAGAUAACCAGCACAGCUUAAAGAAAGAUCAUGAUAAUCAAGCCUACCUAGGUAGUACCCACCUCCUCCAGAAAAUACUUGAAGAGCGACCAUCGAGCAGAUUACUAGCACCAUCAGCAUCCGCAUCAUUUACUCUAGGACUUAGGGCUCAAGUAUUACUGGGAAGCUGAAAAGAAGGGGGGUCCGGGGGUUCGCCCCCGGGAAGUCUUAAGGACAUUGCGUGGUGGCCAAAGGAUUAUG